AUGCCAUCUGGAAGGUGGUCUAUGAAACCUAGUGAUCCUGGAUUUGGUGACUGGCCGAGAUCUAUACUGGAUCAGCCUGAGAGUGAAUGUAGUGGCGAUGAAAAUGGAAGGGUGGGGGAGGGCGCCCCUGCUGUCCCUCGUGACGGGCCGCCUUUGUGCGCCGUAUCUUUCCGGCUGACUUCCCCGGACCCCGGAGCGCCGCCCCAGAACAAAGCGCGCAAUCCGAUCGGCGCGCCUCUCGCCGCCGUAAGCCGCUUCCGCAGACAGGGCAAUGUGCUGACGGCACUCGACAAUCGGCGCAGCGCCGGCUUUGCUCGCUUCGCGGCGUCGAGAGGCCAAUUAAGCGCGGCCAGCGGCGCCGACCACUCGGCCGCCGCGGCUGUUGCGGCGCCCGGCCACAGGAUGGCAGCAGCGGCGCGCCGCGUGCCGGCCGCGCGCGCUCCCGCCGCCAGUUUGCUCUCGGCUCGCCGGCCCGCAGCGACAAGCGACAGCCGCCAGCCGCUCCGCGACGCCCAAAACACAGCCGCCGCCGCCGCCGCGCGCAGUGCCGCGCUCGAGGAGGACGACGCCGUGGGCGUCGGCGUCGUCGCCGGCGUCAACGACGACGUCGUCUUCCCGCCGCCGCCGCCGCCGGAGCCCGGCGCCGAAGGCGACGCCGACGAGGGGUGA